AUGGGAAAUUCGAAUUCGUCUUCCGUCAAUCAUCGCUUCACUUCUGCUUCCAGAGCUUUUACUCAGAAGAAGCUCGACGAUCUUAAAACUCUCUUCGCCUCUCUCGCUUCCCAAUCGGAGAGCAAUGGCCUCUACGUAUCGUACCCUGUUUUCCAGGCAUACUUUGGUCUGAGUGGUACUUUAGGGGAAAGGAUGUUUGAUAUGGUCACUCAACACAGGAAAGACGGUAAAUUGACUUAUGAAGAUCUUGUGAUUGCUAAGGCGACAUACGAAAAAGGAACUGAUGAUGAUAUUGCUGAGUUUAUUUACCAGACAUUGGAUGUAAAUGGCAAUGGCGUCUUGACAAGGUCAGAUUUAGAGUCGGUGCUGGUGGUGAUUCUCAAGAGUGUGUUCUCCACUGAGAGCUCCGAUGCUGAAUCGAGUGAUUACAAGGAGAUGGUGGAUGCGCUCCUCAAUGCCGCAGCUUUCUCAAAAUCUGAUGAUGCUUCAGAUAAAGGAAUGUCUUUUGAGGAUUUCAAAAGCUGGUGCUCACUCGUUCCAAGUAUCAGAAAGUUCCUCGGAAGCUUGCUUAUGCCCCCGGGUCCAGCGAGACCUGGAUAUCAAGUCCCGCACCUGGUUUAUGAGGAUAGUGUUGAUUCAAAUAUGCUUUUGUUGAAGAAAGAAUACGCUUGGCAUAUCGGAGGAGCUCUUCCUCACCACGAGAUUCAAGAGUGGAAACUGCUUUAUCACAGCUCCUUGCACGGAGCCAGCUUUAACACAUUCCUUGGUCACGUAUCAAACACUGGCAUGUCGUCGUCGGUGUUGAUCGUCAAAGACACACAAGGCUGUGUGUAUGGAGGAUACGCUUCUCAGCCUUGGGAGAGGUACAGCGAUUUCUACGGAGACAUGAAGUCUUUUCUUUUCCAGCUACACCCUAACGCAUCCAUUUUCCGACCUACCGGAGCUAACACCAACAUUCAAUGGUGUGCUACUAAUUUCACAUCGGAGAACAUUCCAAACGGCAUAGGGUUCGGAGGAAAGAUCAAUCAUAUGGGUCUGUUUAUAUCCGCAAGCUUCGAUCAAGGCCACACGUUUUCCUGCACCACAUUUGGUAGCCCGAGUCUCUCCAAGACGAGCAGGAUUCAGCCAGAAGUGAUUGAAUGUUGGGGAAUCGUUCAGGCCAACGAAACAGACACUCAGCAAAACGCCAUCAAAGGUACUGUUCUUGACAGGUUUAAGGAAGAUCGUAACAUGCUCCAGCUACUAGGCAUGGCAAGCAGUUCGAAUGAGUGA